AUGGCAGACGGAGGAGGACUAAAAUGUUUGAUGAUUGUUCUGAUCAUUGGUAAUGCAUUUGCUGCUGCAGCAGGACUGGCUCUUUUUGCCUUGGCCAUAUGGGUGGCCGUCGAUGGCUAUGAGCUUUACCCAAUUGCUGGGGUCUCUGGGAAAGACGACAUCUUCGCUGGUGCCUGGAUUGCAAUUUUUACAGGCUUUGCCUUUUUCUGUACAACCGUCUUUGGGAUUUUAGCUGCACUGAAAAAGAGCCACACCCUCAUACUGGCAUACCUCAUCAUAAUGUUCAUCAUCUUCAUAUUUGAGUGUGCAUCCUGCAUCACAGCUGCCACCCACAGAGACUAUCUGGUUGGAAACAGCAAUCUGGUGAAGAAGCAGAUGUUGGAGUACUAUGGGAGUGACAGCUUUAAAGGCAAGCAGAUCACACUCACCUGGAACAGAGUAAUGCAGGAUGUGCAAUGUUGCGGUGCAGAUGGCCCGGCUGACUGGAUAGAAUACAACUCCACCUUCCGACAAACGUUUGGGACCAAGUACCCCUGGCCUCUGAGCUGCUGCAAGAGACUUAGCACCUUUGAGGUGGAAAAUGCAGAGGCUUGCCAAAUUGGCCAGAGCAGCACCAUGUUCAUGAAGGGUUGCUUCAACCACAUUGAGUCUGUCUUCAGUCGGUACACCUGGGCUGUGAGCUGGUAUGGGUUCUCUGUGCUUAUGUUUGUGUUCUGUUUGAUGCUGCUUGCCAUGGUGUACUACACGCAGCUCUGA